AUGGAAGAAGAGCUAAAGUGCUCGUUCUGUCGAAAAUUUUUUGAAGAUCCCAUUCUCUUGAAUUGUGGGCACAGCUAUUGUCGCUGUUGUGCUUUGAAAGUUUUCCAACCAUGCUCAUCGUCUGGUCCAUCUACCUCAGCUGCUUCACCUCGGCCAUCAACGCCAGCUAAUCAUCAGAACGGUGCAUCAACUCCAUCCCUAUUCUCCCAUAUUCUCAAUUCAUCGCCCCUUUCACCGCAAUGUAGCAGUGCCUCCGAUACUAUAUCGGUUUGUAUUUCUGAUGCUGAUCAUGAAAGUGAUAAGCUAUCCGUUCUAUCUGAAACAGAUUCCGGUGUCGUUGUUUGCAAUGGAAGAGUGUCUCGACCGUCAUCCAUUAUUGGUCCAUCACAAUUCCGAAUGCCGAGUAUUCUGACGCCUUCAACGAAUUCUGCUCAUUUACAAUGUGGAAUAUGCCAAAAGUCCACAUACUUUACUGAUGAAUCAGCUAUAUUAACAGCUCCAAGCAAUAUAGCCAUGUUAAACGUUAUUUCUCGAUAUUUGUCUUCUCAUCCUCAUUUGGCUCCAAAAUCCAAAGAAUCUCCCGCCAAGGAUCCCAAUUGCCAGCUAUGUGAAGGUGUCAUCCGUCCGGCCACAACUUUUUGUGAACAAUGUGAUAUUUAUUAUUGUAAUGAAUGUCAAAUAACUUUACAUCCUUCGCGAGGACCACUAGCUAAGCAUGUUCUGAUAGCAGCGACUAGUCGAACUUCUUCGACCAUCCAAUUAACUUCUAGAGAAGCUUAUUGUAAUGUCCAUAGAAGUGAAUCAUUAUCGAUGUACUGUCUGGCAUGUAAACAGCCUGUAUGCUGUCUUUGUCUUCAAGAUAUUCGACAUGCAAAUCACGAUGUUCAAUCAUUAGCUGCUACCUGUAAAACCCAUAAGAGUGAGUUAUCGUCGACUUUACAAGCAUUGAGUGGAAAGGCAAAAUCGGCAACCGAAGAGAUAGGUCGUCUCAAACAGAUGAAUGAUGUAAUUAAUAAUUCUUGUAACGAUUUUAAAUCAUCCGUAUGUAUACAAGUGGAUAGUAUGAUCGAGCAACUUCAAAAGCGGAAAGAAACUCUCAUGAAGCAUAUUGAAGAUCAAAAAGAAUUUAAGAGAAAAGCUUUAAAACAGCAAAUACAACGAUGCACCUCAAAACUAUCUCAGACAUCAGCUUUAAUUCAGUUUAGUAUAGAAGUUUUAAAAGAGCAAGAUGCUGCUACUUAUCUCCAGAUAUCAAAUGCUAUACUUCAUAGAUCUAGUAGUCAAGAUUUUCUUUGGCAUAAUGAAAUGAAAACUAAGCCUGAGGUUAAUCCAGAGAUUGUUCUGAACUUAGAUACGAAACAUCUGCAGUACGCAAUCCAAACACUAGAUUUUGCUCAGUUGAAAGUUCCAUCACCUCCAAUCAUUGAUGCCACUGAAUGUACGGCAGAAAAUAAUUCCAUGACAAUCGUAUGGCGACCACGAAAUGACGGCUGUGCUGUUGAUGGAUUUGCUUUAGAAAUUGAUUCCGGAAGAGAUGAUGGAAAAUUCAAGGAAGUUUACUCUGGUCCGGAUACUAUUUGUACGAUUGAUGGACUUCAUUUUAACACUGUGUAUAAUGCUCGAGUUAAAGCUUAUAACAGUGCUGGAGAGAGUUUGUACAGUGAGCCGAUUUGCAUACAAACUGCUCAAGUAGCCUGGUUUCAACUGACAAAAUCUCCAUCACAAAGAGAUAUUAUUUUGUCUAAUGACUGUACUUCUCUGACAGCUUCAAGCUUGGAAUAUAAAACGAUAUUAGGAUCUACAGCAUUUUCUAAGGGGGUUCAUUAUUGGGAAGUUACUGUUGACGACCAUGAUGGAAAUGGAGAUAUCGUCAUUGGUGUUGCACAACCAUCUGUUAAUAGAAAUAUUAUGCUAGGCAAAGAUUUGCAUGGUUGGAGUAUGUACGUUGAUAGCGAAAGGUCGUGGUACUUGCAUAAUGAAACCCAUCACAGUAGAAUAGUUGGAGGAAUAAAGAAAGGCUCAAUAAUUGGUGUGAAAUUGGAUUGUAAUCGAGGAACACUCGAAUUCAGUGUUAACGAUAGGCCACGAUGUUUCGAAAAUGAAAUAUUUGCAUUCACAAAUUUACCGCGUGGACUUUACUAUCCAGCAUUCUCUAUCAACUGUCACGCUACUGUAACCAUCCAUACAGGAUUAUGCCCUCCAUCUCCAACAGGCAGUGAUAGCGAAUGA